CGAAACAGAUGCUAUCCAUGGUUCGGUUGUUGACUGGAUAGAGACUGCAAGUACAGGCCUUGUGAUCCAAUGGAACAUUUUUUCCCCAACUUUCUUCUUAUCCAAUUAAUCCCACAGGCACAUCCGCAACUGACUCAACCCCCAUAAACAUCCGCGCCCCAUGGUGGCAGUGCCCCGCUAAUGGUCGCGGAUGUGAGAAUGGCCCCAGGCAGACUUUGGCUACCCAAACCCAUGAGAGCCAUUUAUAGCCGACAGGGCAGAGAGGAUGCGUGGGUUGAAUCCUUCAAGCACUUCUCACCUAUCAUGAUAUCGUGAUCUUUUACCACACACUUGUCGCGUACCUAUGAGCAUGGAUAUUAUACCACCUUCCUACCAAUCUGCAACUGCACGAGACGCCUGGUCCAUCAUCGCCAGGUAUAUUCCCUCUCGCGAUCUGUGUGCCGUCUGUCUAGUCUGUCGACGAUGGCAUGAACUGUUCGUCCCGUUUCUCUGGGGCGAUCCAGCGUCUCAUUUUGGCACCGACAAUGAUGCUGUUUAUGUGGCGCUGACGAGGUUUCGAAGAACCUUGAAGUAUGCGCGGCCCGAGGUGCGAAUGCUCACCCACACCCUCCACCUCCCGCCGGCCCUAUCGGAAAUAUACGGCGGCCCGCGACCGGAAUGGCUGAGAGAGGUUCUCGACUUUCUACCGUGUCUGCAAUCGCUGCUCGUAUCCAAGCUACCGUUCUUCGACCACAAUGCAAUGGUGGCUUUGCGGAAUGGCCCUCGACAGGGCCAGUCCCCGGACGGGGCCAUUUCCCAAGUCUACAAUGUCCGUUUGCUCUUGGCGGAUCGCGAGCCCAAUACAACAUCCGUGGGUCUGGCGGAGACGUUGCUCCGCUUUCAGGAUCUCGUUUAUUUGGACUUGUCUUAUACCACCCCGGCUCGGGAUCAAACGGUCUUGUCUUCGAUGUCCCAGCUAGAGCAUCUGCAGGUGCUCAAGCUCCGCGCCAUCGGACUCAGAGAUAAAGAUGCGGAGUUUCUUGCUAAUGCUAUUGGGACUAGAGUCCGGUAUCUGGACCUGCGGGAUAAUUUGCUCACUGACAUGUCCGUGCGAUCGUUGCUACAGGCGUGUUUCCAGCCGGCAAACAACCCCGCAACCCUGGACAGCACUGUAUCUCCACUGUCCUCAGUACCGGGGUCAAGACCGCACGUCCUGGGCAUGAAAUUGCUUGAGUCGCCGGACCUUGAUGAGCAGUUCAUGAAAUUUCUGACACACCCGUUGGUGGGUCAUUCUUGGGUAGAAGGACUGCCACAUGUUGGAAUCACACAUCUUUAUCUCGCAGACAAUCAGAUCACGGUCGAGGGCGCCGCAGGCCUUCUUUCUUCCUCGCGACUGCAUGCGCUCGAUAUCGGGAGUGUCGACACCGUGGAGUCUCUCGCCAAAGGGCCGCAUAGCUUAUCCCCGUCUCCCCAGGAGCCUGGGGACCUUCCUGGAGCUGAAAAACUGGUACCGAUUUUAGGUUCCAUUGCCAAAGACAAGCUGACGUACCUACGUGCUCACCACGCUAUCUGUACCACGGAGGUACAUUUCAAGGAUGCUUCCACUUCGGACGUUCAUUAUCUUUUGCCUGAGCUUCCAGCGUCGGAGGAAACUGAGGUGUCGGGAGUAUCUGAGUUGCCAGCGAACGAAGUCCACGAACUACCGGCUGGGGAUAUCCCCAUAUUUGAACUUGAGGACACUGGGAUCCAAGAGAGACCCAACUUUUUGCUGCCAGUUCAUCCCCCUGCACACAUCUACGAGGAUGAGCCAUUAUCACACCUGAGACGGGGCUCUACGUUUGCCCCCGAGGUCGUUGAACCAGUAGAAGCCAGCGCGAGCGUUAUAUCUACUAUGGAUCCGAGCUACCUUGGUCUCUCAACUUAUCCAGGCACUCCGGAAUCCAUCCCACGGUGCAUGUCCCCCAUAUCCAUCGACGAUCCCCGCAACGCAAGAAUCCAAGAACUACUGGCCAAGCGACCCAAAAACCAGAUUCUGCCUCGAAGAGACCAUAAACAGACCAACUUUCCGCACCUGCACCCAUGCCACAUCGCCCACCUCGAAACACUAGUCCUGACAGACGUCCCAUCCCACGUCCAUACAGGCUCCCCAGUCCUAACCUCCCUAAUCCGCUUCAUCACCUCCUGUUCCAACGAGUCUCUCCUCGCCACCCUCCAAGCCGGAUCGGACUACUCCCUUCCCCCAGGCCAAGCACGCGCCCAAGCUGAGCUCGAACGCGCGCGCUCCCUCUUCUCCCUCCGCCGCCUGAUCCUCGAAAUCACACCCACCAAUCUCCCUAAUGCAUCCACGGCCCUGACGGGGUGGAAAUCCGUCAGCGCCCAAACCGGCGCAGGCAAGUCAUCCACUGGAGACCGCGACUCGGAAAACCUGUGGUCUGCAGGCGCAGCGGACUUUAGCUUCUUCGAUAACGACGAGUGUGGGAUUCCCGAAAAUGACCCCGGAAAGUACUUCCCCAUGGCUGUGCUCAAUGAGAAGGUCUCUCUUCUGCCGGAUGAGGAUGACUCCGCUGGCUCGGACCCGGACGCUACUACCUCCCUGUCUCCCCGCUGGGGGCGAAGCCGAACGCGCUCGCGCCCGAACUCAAUCGGCUCGGUGCCCGCAGCGCCCAACAACGACGACAUCCACCACGUCCCCGAAAUGGACCUCGUCGCCGAACUAGCCUCCUUCCGCCGGGCCAAAAAAGUGGAAUACGACGAUGCCGUCCGCCGCGAUCGCCACCGACGGAGCACUAUGUCCCCGCUCUCGCCGUCUGCCACGACAGCGACGGCGGCGUCACCGCCACAGCUGUCCGUCGCGCCCUUUGUAGAAGGCCACUGGAAAGGAGAGGUCAAGGUUGUGCGGAACCCCGCGCCAAAGGGGCGGAGUGGGGUAGUGGAUAUGUAUGGGAAUUAUUUUGAAAAGGGGUACUUGUAUCCUUGAUGUGUCACUUCUAUAUAUAUAUAUAUAUGAUUGUGUACCCGGUGU